AUGACGGCAAGAUCUCCUAAAAAAGACUCGGAGAUAGGUGUGAAGGAGUUGGGAGAAAGAAUGGGAGAAAUGAUGGAGGAAUUUAGGGCAGUGAGAGAAGAGCUAAGGGAAAGUUUCAAGGAGCAGGGUAGGAAAAUGAGAGAAGAGAUAGAGGACCUGAGAAGGGAGUUUAGGGAGCGAGAGAAGAGAUGGAAAGAGGAGAGGAAAGAGACAAAUAAGCAGAAGAAGAAAAUGGAAGAAAGAAUAAGGAGAUUGGAGGAAAAAAUGGAAGAGAGGAAGGAGGAGAAGAAGGAGGAGGAAAGAAACGGUAGAGGGGAGGUGGGGGAGAAAAUGAGAGAACUGGAGAGAAGGCUGGAAAGGAAAGAAAAGGAGGAGAGAAGAAGAAACAUUGUAAUAAGAGGGCUAGAAGUAAAAGAAGGAGGGAGGAGAGAAAAUGCAGAAAAGUUACUAGAAGGAAUAGGAGCGAAAGUAAAGGCAAUAGAGGUGAAGAGAAUAGGAGCUGGGUUGGAAAAUAAAGAUAAGGAUUUUUGGGAAGGGCUGAAGAAAGAAGAUGUGUUAGUCAUGUUAGAGACCUGGAUAGGAGAAAAGGGCUGGGAAAGAAUAAGGGGGAGACUUCCAAAAGGGUACGAGUGGGGGGUGCAAAUGGCGAAAAAAAAGAAUAAAAAAGGAAGAGCAAUAGGAGGGAUGAUAAUGGGAAUAAGGAAAGGAUUAAAAGAAAAGGGAACGGCAAUAGAAGUAGAUAGGGAGGGUUGGAUUGCGGGAAAGGUCAAAACAGAUGACGAGAACUGGAGUAUUAUAGGGGUGUAUGCAAAGAAAGAGGGGAUGGAGGAGAGCGUACAGGAGUUAGGAGAUAGAAUGGAAAAGAAAGAAGAAGGAAGAUAUACGAUAAUUGGGGGAGAUUUUAAUGCGAGGACUGGUCAAGAAGGUGGGAGGAUAGAGGAAGAGGAGGGAGGAGGACUGGGAGAAGGAAGAAGGUCGAAGGACAAGAAGGUGGACAGAGAGGGGAGGCUGUUGGUAAAUAGCUUAGAGGAGAGAGGAUGGGAGAUAUUCAAUGGAAAUGUGAGAGGAGACGAGGAGGGGGAGUUUACUUUCACGGGGGGAAGAGGAGGUACGGUGAUUGACUACAUAAUAGGGAAAGGAGAAGUAAGAGAGAAGAUAGUGAGCAUGGUAGUGGGGGAGAGAGUAGACUCGGACCAUCACCCAUUGGAAAUAGUAGUAAGAAGGGGGGAAGAGGAGGAAGGCAGGAGAGGAGGGUGGAAGAAAAGAAGCAGGGGGGUGUGGAACGAGGAAGGAGCAAAGAGGUUUAUAGAAAAAAUAGGAGAGGUGGAAGAAAAAGAAGAAGAGUUGAAUAAGGAAUGGGAAGAAAUGGAAACAAGAAUAACAGAGGCAAUAAAAGGGGUAGAGGAGGAGCUGGGAAAUAAGAAGGGGAAAGUGGGAUGGUGGGAUGAGGAAUGUCGAGAAGCGAAGAAAGAGACAAGGAGAAAAUUAAGGGACUGGAGGAAGAAAAGAGAAGAGGCCAGUGCGUACAAGGAAAGGAGGAAAGAAUUUAAGGAGAUAUGUAAGAGAAAGAAGGAAGAGGAGAACCAGAGAUGGGAGAGAAAAGUGGAGGGAGCAAGGAGGGAGGCGGAGGUGUACACGGCUAUUCUGGCGGAGAGGAUAAGGGAGGAGAUAGAGGGAAAGAGAAUGGUACCGCACAACCAGACAGGUUUUAGAAGGGGAAUGGGAACGAUAGACAACAUUUACGUGUUGAACUACAUGGUGAACAGAAGGUUAGAGAAGAAAGGGGGAAAACUGAUAGCAUGUUUUGUGGACCUUAAGGCGGCGUUCGAUUCGGUGGAUAGAGGAAUACUAAUAAAAGCUAUGAGAGAAAGGGGAAUAAGGGAAGGACUGGUGAGAAGGACGGAAGAGAUGUUAAGAGAGACGAAGAGUAGGGUAAGAGGAGGAAACGAAUUGGGAGAAGUAUUCUGGACGGGGAGGAGAGUAAGGCAGGGAUGCCCUUUGAGCCCGAUUCUGUUUAAUGUGUUGCUAGCAGACCUGGAAGAGGAAAUGGGUAGAGUUAAAUAG